CUCUCUUUCUUUCUCGUCCUCCCCAGUCCCAGAGCAACGCAACUGAAGAAGGAGAAAACCAGAAAGAUACAAGAAAAUGAAGAAACACAGGCAAGAAGAGAAGAAACAGUGGGAAGAAGAGACGAGAAUGUCUGCUAUGAUCCCAAUGCCUCAUCUCCCAAUUGAAAUCAAGGAUAAAAUCUUCUUGAGUCUACCUGUGGAGGCUCUCUUACGAUUAAGGUGCAUAAUCAGAGACUACUCUCGACUCUAUAACCCUCAGUUCCUUAAAAUGCACUUGGACCGACAGUUUGAAUUUGAUAAUGGCUCUAUCAUUAUCGUUUCAACUGCUUCCAAGAUAUAUAAAUUGUCUUUUGAUGCGUUUAGCCACCCAAUCCAACUUGAUUUUCCUUUCCGGAAUCCAAACUCUAAGAGCCCAAUUGUAAUAGCAGGUUCUUGUAAUGGGUUGGUGUGCUUAACUCAUAAGAGAUUUUAUGGGGAUUAUGUGUAUGUAUGGAACCCUGCUACAGGACAGUACAAGCAAUUGCCGGCACAUGUUAAGAAAAGAAGAGUAUACAAUGUUAGAAUUUCUUUAGGGUUUGGUUAUGAUCAUAUUUCUGGUGAAUUCAAGGUGCUGUUAAUUUCAAAUCCUCAACCUUGGAAGACUGGCAUCCGUAAAGUUGAAGCUAUUGUGUACACAUUGGGGACAAGUUCUUGGAGAAGCAUUGGAGAUACAAGUUCUUGGAGAAGCAUUGGAGAUCUUCGGUACCCUUUUUGCCAGUCACCUUUGCAGGUGUUUGGAGGUUGUCCCCAUUGGACUGUGCCUGAGUUGAAUUCAAUUGUUUCAUUUAGUGUUGGAAAUGAGAAAUUUAAGGAAAUUCCAAUGCCCCCCAUUGAUGAUGAUUAUACAAGAUGGGCGAAGUUAACUGCAUUGGGAGGCUGUCUUUCUAUAGUUGCCCAUGUAUAUAAGGAGAAAUGUUAUGAAAUAUGGGCGAGGGUGGAGGAUGGAUUGGAGAAUACUUGGACCAAACAACUCUCCAUCAAUGCGGUACACAUACCUGGAUAUCUUACUGAUUCCUGGAACGUAGACCUGAAGGCCUUCAAGAACGGGCAGGUUUUAGUGGAAGAUGACGGGCCAUAUUUAUUUGACCCAGUGACUAAUGACAUCAGAUAUCUGUAUCUUCUUGGUGACCCAAAGAAAUUUCAUGUUUGUUCCUAUAUCGAAAGCCUUGCUCCAUGUUGAAGACAGAGGAGAUGUGCACAAGAACUCAUAGAAUGGAGUGAAGAAUUACAGGUAGGGGGGUGUUGAUUUUCUUUAGCCUGUAUUAGCAAUUGAAGAUGAAUUUGAAUGCAAGUCUAUGGUACCUAAAACUGAAAGAUUUAAACUGUUUUUUUUCUGCAUGACAAUGAGCUCCCUAGAGAAAUUAAAAAGGUUCCUGUCUCAUGGACAGAUCUGAUAUUGGACAUCAGACUUUAAUGUUAGUUUUGCAUUUCUCUUGAUAUUUUUGCCUGCUUCUUUCUGGUUGUCUUUGUAUUUGUCCUCUGCACUUAGAUUUGUGUUCUUCAGUGGUUCGAAAGAAACAGAUCAAUAUCAUUUGUAUCCGGGAGAUAUUUCGUUAAGCUUCACAUUAUCAUGUUA